AUGAUAAAGGAAGAGGAAAAGGAUGAAGGAAUACUCAUUAGUAAUACAACAGAUCACAGUGCCACGGGAGGUCACAGUGCCACGGGAGGUCACAGCGCCACGGGAGGUCACAGUGCCACGGGAGGUCACAGCGCCACGGGAGGUCACAGUGCCACGGGAGGUCACAGUGCCACGGGAGGUCCUGGUGCCACGGUAGAUCACAGUGCCACAGUACAAUCACAGUGCCACGGGAGGUCACAGUGCCACGGUAGAUCACAGUGCCACGGAGGUCACAGUGCCACGGUAGAUCACAGUGCCACGGGAGAGGUGCCACGGGAGGUCACAGUGCCACGGAGAUCACAGUGCCACGGGAGGUCACAGUGCCACGGAGGUCGCAGAUCACAGAGCCACGGGGAGGUGGCAGUAGUAGAUCACAGUGCACGGGAGGUCACAGUGCCGGUAGAUCAAGAUCAAGAGAGAUCACAGCGCCACGGAGGUCACAGUGCCACGGGAGGUCACAGUGUACAGGCAGUGCAUGGUAGAUCACAGUGCCACGGGAGGUCACAGUGCCAUGGUAGAUCACAUGGUAGCCAUGGGAGAUCCAGUGCCACGGGAGGUCACAGUGCCACGGGAGGUCACAGUGCCACAGGAGGUCACAGUGGCGGGCGCGCCACGGAGGUCAGUGCAGUGCCACAGGAGGUCACAGUGCACAGGAGGUCACGGGAGGUCACAGUGCCACGGGAGGUCACAGUGCCACGGGAGGUCACGGUGAGGUCAGGGCCAUGGGUGCCACAUGGGAGGUCACAUAGCCACAGGAGGUCACAGUGCCACGGGAGGUCACAGUGCCAUGGGACAGUUAAAGUGCCACAGGUUGCCAGAGUGCCGUGCGGGAGACAGGUCAGGAGUCACAGUGGACGCCAGAGUGCCACAGGGGUCACAGUGCCACAGGUCACAGUACGCCACGGGGACAAUUUUCUUGGCAUUAUCUUGAAGGAGUUCGCUCCCUCAAGACCUCGCUCCCUCAAGACCUCGCCCCUCAAGACCUCGCCCCUCAAGACCUCGCCCCUCAAGACCUCGCCCCUCAAGACCUCGCCCUCAAGACCUCGCCACUCAAGACCUCUCCCUCUAGACCUCGCUCCUCACCUCGCCCCUCAAGACCUCGCCACGCAAGACCUCGCCCUCAAGACCUGCCCUCAAAACCUCGCCCUCAAGACCUCGCCCCUCAAGACUCGCCCUCAAGACCUCGCCCCUCAAGACCUCGACCUGCCCUCAAGACCUCGCCUCAAGACCUCGCUCCUUCAAGACCUGCGCCCCCUCAAGACCCUCGCCCCCACCUCGCCUCACCUCGCCCCUCAAGACCUCGCCUCAAGACCUCGCCCCUCAAGACCUGCCCCUCACACCUCGCCCCUCAAGACCUCGCCCCUCAAGACCCCGCCCUCAAGACCCGCAAGACCUGCCCCUCAAGACCUCGCUCCUCACCCUCGCCCUCAAGACCUCGCCCUCAAGACCUCGCUCCUCAAGACCUCGCCCCUCAAGACCUGCCCCUCAAGACCUCGCUCCCUCAAGACCUCGCCCUCGAAGACCCUCGCCCUCAAGACCUCGCCCCUCAAGACCUCGCCACACUUAACAACACUUCCUGUUGACAUGAUAGAUUAG